AUGAACGUCACCACUUCUCUCAUUUCUUCUUUGAGGUCUUCCUCUCUCCUCGGAACCAAAGUGGUUACACCAAGAAGCGCCAUACUUUCACGGCGACAAUUGUCCACAUCCUAUGUUCCUGUUACCAAAGCUGCAUUGCCGUCGUCGCGAGCCAACAACGUUGUUCCCAAAACCCCUGCUUUUGAGAUCGUCUCCAGCUUCUACACCGCUAUUAACGGCAAUAAUUUAUCCUCGGCUAGAGACCUCAUUGCUAAGGACUGCGUCUACGAAGAUCUCAUUUUCUCAUCUCCCUUCGUUGGCCGAACGGCAAUUCUAGAGUUUUUCGGAAAGUUCAUUGAUGCGACAAGUACGGACAUGCAGUUUGUGAUAGAUGACAUUUCGAAAGAGGACUCCUCAGCUGUUGGAGUUUCAUGGCAUUUAGAAUGGAACGGAAAAAAAUUUCCAUUUAGCAAAAGUUGCAGCUUUUACCGGUUAGAGGUUAUUGAUGGCAAGAAACAAAUUGUAUAUGUAAGGGACUGCGUCGAGCCUGCAAUUAAACCAGGAGAAAGUGUUAUUGCUGCUGUCAAAGGAGUUGCCUGGCUGCUCCGGAAAUUUCCACAACUUGCUGAUCGUUUCUGAUGGAAUUACCAUGCGGCUUGCUUGAUAACUUCUUACUAAAUAAAAACUUUGAACGAAAAUCUUGCUUGAUCUUCGUUUACUAUUUUCUUUUAUAUACCAUUAAGUUGGU